CUCCUCCGCCGCCACCAUCAUGGCCGCCUCCCGGGACAAGUACUCGGUGCUGCUGCCCACCUACAACGAGCGCGAGAACCUGCCGCUCAUUGUGUGGCUGCUGGUGAGGAGUUUCGAGCAGAGUGGAAAUGAUUUCGAAAUUAUAGUAAUAGAUGAUGGAAGUCCUGAUGGGACCCAGGAAGUUGCCGAACAGUUGAUAAAGAUUUAUGGAUCUGAUAAGAUUCUUUUAAGACCCAGAGCAAAGAAACUUGGAUUGGGGACUGCUUACAUUCAUGGAAUGAAGCAUGCCACAGGAAACUUCAUUAUUAUUAUGGAUGCUGACCUCUCACACCAUCCAAAAUUCAUUCCAGAGUUCAUCAGAACACAGAAAGAAGGUAACUUUGACAUUGUGUCUGGAACGCGAUAUAAAGGAAAUGGAGGUGUGCAUGGGUGGGAUUUGAAACGAAAAUUGAUCAGCCGUGGCGCCAACUUCCUCACUCAAGUUCUACUGCGGCCAGGUGCAUCCGACUUAACAGGCAGCUUCAGGUUAUAUAGAAAAGAUGUUUUACAAAAACUGAUGGAGAAAUGCGUCUCGAAAGGAUAUGUUUUCCAGAUGGAAAUGAUUGUCCGGGCCAGACAACUGGGUUUCUCUGUUGGAGAGGUACCUAUAUCAUUUGUGGACAGAGUCUAUGGCGAAUCUAAACUAGGAGGCAAUGAAAUAGUUUCUUUUGUAAAGGGACUGUUGACUUUGUUUGCAACUACAUAAUUUAUUAAAGAGAAUCUUCCUAGCAUUCCAUAUACCUUUGCAUUGGACUGAAGAAAUUAUUUUUAUAUGGGAUAGUGGAAUCUUGCUAAGUUUUCUUGUGGCUAUAUAUAGAAAAUCAUUGCUAAUUUCUGAUUUGAAGAAAAACAAUACAGUGCAUAUAAUUCGGGCGGCAUUAUUUAUUAAAUGUGAAUAAUGAUCACUGUGUAAUGUUUACUAUUCAAAAAUAAACCCAUUCCAUUUAAA